AUUCUGAUGUGCCCCUUGAGUAGUUCCGGGCUUUUUCAUUUUUGUUUUUUCUUUUUAUUCUUUCCCCCUGGCCUCUUGAUGAAUUCUAAUGAAAGACAAUUCUAGAGCUCGAUCGCUGCAAUAAAUUGAAAGUAUUGAAUUACAAAAUUGCACGUUUUUCGUUUACUUCUGAUUUAGGUCACACAUCACUAAAAAAAAUCAUAAUGGAACAAAUUUCGUUCCAAACAUAGAAAAUGAAAUCGACAGACUUUGCUUGCUUGAAAGUGUCAAAGCUUCACAUCACUCGAUCCGAUGUGUCAAAGCAUUACUGAAAGUGACAUUUACAUUCAUUCGCAUCACUUGUCUUUUCUAUUUGUAUAUGUCAGGUAUAAAUUUUUGUAAAAACAAAUAAAUGAGUCUCUAACCUAACAGAAUAUACCAGAUUAUACUGCUGCGGCUUCAAAUGGAAUUUCUACGGAAUUUACUGCAGGGAUUCGUGUUUUAUAUCGUCUGAGGACAAAUGUUCUGACAUUUUGAUUGCUCCGUUGACACGAGCGACAGGAAGGAACGUGUGACAAUUUUGCCCUAUUCCAGCGAGGCUGCGACUGAAGAGUGCUGAGAAAUCGCGGAUCGAAAGGAACCAAUUUAAUUGAUUUCGAACUGAUGUCAGUUUGAUACCCAUUCUAACUGAUGUUGGAACCGACCUGUGGAACUGCGGUCGUCACGGCUUUGAUUCCAGGUGUAGUAAUCUAUUGUAUAUACAGUGCGUCGAAACUCGAAAUUUGUCUCUCGUCAAGCGAAUCAACAGAGCGUAUUUAUAUCCAAGAAUGGAAAAUAGAAGUAUCCGUAAGACAGGAUAAGCCAACUUCAAACGAACUCGCGCGCACUGGAGUAAACAGAAGCGAUAUUUCUGUCGAGGAUUUCUUAGAACCAAGAUAAUAUCCAUCGGACUCAGUCAGCGGAUCACACAUUCAAUUCGGCCAUGCAAUGCGAUGAGCGACCGUCGAAAAACAUGGAGGUCGACGUCUACGACGGGCGCAUUCGUGGAAGAAAUUCUUCACAAAUAUAAUUGCCAUUCAGAGACAGAUAAUUUCUUCUCAAGAAUGUCUAGUCAAGCCUUGGCCGAUCGAAUAGCGUCACUGAAAGGACAUGUUUUCUCCAAUACAAACAGUCAUUCCGACAACUGCGAUCAAACCAAUAACUGCGAAGGAGGCGAAAUUGACUUAUCAAAUAAUACCCCACCCUUGAGGCAGUGUAUGUUAACUUAUGCUGAUGUAGAAUACAAUCAAAGCACCCUUCAAGCCGAUUCAAAGAAGCCUACAAAGGAUAGUGAUCAGCGUGAACAAACUAGACCAAGUCAUUGUGCUUCGAAUACGAAAACCAACGGUGGCAAUUUAGAUCUCAGCGCAGGAAUCAACUCAAAUUUGGCGCUCACGCUCACGAGUAGAACUAUCCCGGGGGAUGAUGAAUUUGGAUUGCCCACUCGAUCGCCAGCGUCGAGUUCCUGCGAUAAAACAGAUGAUAACGAGGAUGUAAUUUGCUUAGAUCAGUCUAACCAGUUAGCGACGACCCCGGUAGUUGUAAUAACACCGGCGGUUAUGGAGGAGUGUGUGGUUGAAGGGAAAACCAUCGAUAUGUUGGACACGAAUGGCGAUCUCUCUGCCUCCAUGUUGGCAAAAGAUGGUACUGAUACUUGUUCUUUAUCAAGUUACGGUUCUUGCUCGGAAAACGAGAUCCUCACAGACGAUGAACCAUCAGAUGACGAAAUGAGGCAACCAUUAGACGACAAAUCUGAUAAGACCCAUUCACACUGGAAGAAAAUUCGUAGUAUGAUCCACUGGUCUCCGUUUGUACAGAACUUUAAAAAGAAGUACCCCUGGGUGCAGCUAGCUGGACAUCAAGGGUGUUUUAAACCAGGAGAAAAUGGCACAAUUCUGAAGAAAUCCACAGACAAAGAGAGAGAAUGUCUAGAGAGGCUUAUGAAAGACAUUUUGAGACCUUAUAUCCCUGAAUAUAAGAGAGAAGUUAACAAAGGUGGAGAACGGUAUCUUGAAAUGCAGGAUCUACUACAAGAAUUUGAAAGUCCUUCAGUCAUGGACUGUAAAAUGGGAAUAAGAACAUAUUUAGAAGAUGAACUGGCAAAGGCAAAGUCAAAACCCAGAAAAGAUCUGUUCCAGAAGAUGGUAGAAGUAGAUCCCAGUGAACCCACGGAGGAGGAGAAGAGAGAAGGUGGAAUAACGAAGCCUCGUUACAUGCAGUGGAGGGAGCAGUUGAGUUCAACUUCAAGCCUGGGUUUCAGGAUUGAAGGAAUUAAGAAAGGUGAUGAGAAACCCAACAAAGAUUUCAAGAAAACAAGAACAAAAGAGGAUGUUGAUAAAGUUUUUACAGAAUUUAUUGGUGAUGAUGAUCAGAUAAGAAAAAAAUAUAUAAGGAGACUAAAAGCUAUAGGAGCAACUUUAGAGUCUUCGCCCUUCUUUCGCUCCCAUGAGGUGGUUGGUAGUUCUCUGCUAUUUGUCCAUGAUGCAGAUGGCCAGGCCAGUGUGUGGAUGAUCGAUUUUGGAAAAACCACUCCACUUCAAGAAGGAAUGUGGUUAAAUCACAGAACAGCUUGGGAGGAGGGCAACCAUGAGGAUGGCUAUUUAUGGGGUUUGGACAACAUGGUUGACAUUUGGUCACAAAGAUGAUCUUUGCUCCGAGUUGUAGGAGCUUAAUUAAAAUUAAUUAUUGUUGUAAAUUCAUUUUUAUAAAAUUUAAUCGUCAAUGAAUGCAUGUACUGCAGAUUUAGUUUAAAUUUAGUCUGAGGAAUAGAGGAAAGUGGUUACCAAUGAAAGUAACUGUGGUAAUUCUUACUGGGAAAGUCAUAGAAAGCAUGUUUCAAUGUAAAAAUGAAAUUAAGUCAUACUGUCUUGCAGUAUGUCAUAGGGGCUCUGUGAUUUUGGUAGAAAACCAGGAAUGGAAUAGUUUUAAACAAUUAAUAUUUUUGUUCCUAAAGCAGAAAGGUAAUUGAAAAGACUACAAAACUUGUUCUCAAAGGUUCAUAUAACUAAGACUUAAGUUACAACCAAGAUUUAUGUUGAUAGACUGGCUUAUUCUUUGGGAGUGAGAUCAAGGGAAUAAGAAAUGUUACUGUCCAUUUCUCUGAAGUAUAGUAGACAUUAAACCACACCUUCCCUUAUCCAAUGGUGUACAUUCACAGAAAAAAAAAGGGUGCAACAAUGUAUAUGGAAGAGGGAGCGACAGUUAGGGUGUAGGAUGAAAAUAAUUAUAUUAGUUUGCUAAUCCAGAAUUUACAUUCUCUUUAGCAAUAUGUCAACUAUUUUUUCACAGAUAGUAGAUGAUGGACUUAAAAAUGAUUAACAAGGAAAUACAGGGCUGGUGUCAGUGAUGUUUCACAAUACCAAAGCUGUGAUAUAACUCCUUUUAACUCUUAAACUCUCAAGACAGAAUUUCUUCUUACAACAUCAAAACAAUAUUAAGCAUACAAGUCAUGAGAAUA